AUGAACUCCCUUGACCUGUGGUUUGCUUUAAUUCUUCUGACUGUAAUCACAAACAUCAGCACUUUUCAAUACUCUUCGUGUUCCAGUUAUAAAAACAUUUCCGAUCCGUGGCGGAAUGUUGGCUUUUGCAAUAAAACUUCGGUUAAGAGUGACACUAACCUGGUGGAGGGAUGGUAUCGCUUCAUCGGUGUAGGUGGAGACCAGGUUGUCUCUUCCUGUUCACAUGCUACCACCAGUGGAAACAUAACUUACAACUUAUUCACGUGUAAUUCAAACAUCAACUACACAGAGUAUACACCCUGCAGUGGAGGAUUCACAGUCUACUACCUCCGGCCCACCAAGAAUACCUAUGCUACACGGCAUUCACAAUGCAGCAAUUCUUCUUCUUGUGGAAUAGGUGCUCAGUGUGGUACUGUUUAUGGCAGCUGUGUGUGUGAACCUGGCUUAGCCGUGCCUGAAGACUUCACAAGCAAAGAAUCAUAUGGAUGUUCAGGUGUGAAGACAACAAACUGUGCAAGUGCAUUUCUGGACAAAUUUAAAGACCUUCUCAAUGGCCCACUGCCACAAACAACUGUGGAGUUUUAUUUGAACUCAAUAAUGAAUAUUACAACUACCAUUGUUGUACAAAAUUCUACUGGGGACAAAAAACUAAUCGAAUAUGGAAAUUCCAUACUGGAUGUCACUAACAAACUGCUGGCUGCAGUAGUGACACCAACUCCUACCCAGAACAAUGCAACAAUUUCCCUCAGCAGUAUGGAGGCUGAAAUAUUUACAGUUGGGGACAAGACUCUCCUGAGUGAAAUCCCCCGCCUCAAUGCAAGCAACGCCUCCCUGAAUAUUGAUCUCAUUGGGAUUUCCACGAACAACAAUGGAUAUGCUUCUGUGGUGUUUGUGAGCUAUAAUGACAUGGGCAGCAUCCUGAAGCCUAGUUUAUUCAACACAAACACCAGCACAGUUAAAACCAUGAUGUCCAAUGUGGUGUCAGCGACACUUCCUAAAGUCACAAACAUACAACUCACCAACCCUGUCAACUUUACCUUCAAAUACAUCAAUCCAUUAAACCCUGAGGGGAAUCUCUCCUGUGUGUACUGGGCUGAAAAUAAAUGGGUUAAAGAUGGCUGUAACAUCAGCGAGAUGAACAGCAAUUACACAAUAUGCUCCUGUGUUCACCUGUCUACAUUCGCUCUCAUCAUGCUGACCAAUCCAGAUAUGGAUGAGAGUGAGGAUGAUGUCACAGAUCUCCUUAACACAGUGGCGGUCUCUGUGGGGUUAGUGUUCCUCAGCUUGACUGUACUGACUCUUGCUGUUUGCCAACGAGGACUAAAAAUCACCAAUGCAGCUUUGCUCAAUCUGUGUAUCAGCUUGUUUUUUGCUCACCUGACAUUCCUGCUUACACAGAAGUUCUUGCAGAACGUAAAAGAGACUCAAGUUUGUUUAAUGCUGGCUGGAGUCAUACAUUUCCUCUUUCUUUCUGCGUUUGUGUGGAUGUUCAUUGAAGCGGUGUUGCUCUACAUAUUUGUCAAAAACCUAUUAAGGAUCAACUCAAGGCAGAGUCAUGUGCUUAGCUGGAAGUGUAUGAUUGUGAUCGGAUAUGUCAUCCCCCUGGCAAUGGUAGGCGUGACAUCUGGACUGAAUCCUGAUGGCUACAACUGGGAAAAGUGCUGGCUUGAGACAAGUUAUGUCUGGAGCUUUCUGGGUCCUGUGGCAUGCAUUAUCGGUAUUAAUUUGCUUCUCACUGGUGUGAUCUUCAUGAGUCUAAAAUGGGCUUUGGCAAGACUGGAUAAAACUGUUUCACAACUAAGACACACCCAGACCCUUGUGUUUAAAACCCUGCUCCAGUUUGUCAUUCUUGGCUGCCCCUGGGCCCUGGGUUUCUUUGCUGAGGGGAACUUCAUUGUAAAGAUUGCGUUCCUGUUUUUAAAUUCGCAGCAGGGAACCUUCAUCUUCAUCAUCCAUUGUGCCCUCAACCAAGAGGUCAGGUGGCAGUACAAGCAGUGGUGGUUUGCCCUUCGCCACUACUCCAAGUAUAAGUCCAUGAAAGACAACCAGACAAAAACCUCACAUUCACAUUCAAACUAAUACCAAACAAUGUUAAUGCCUCGUUGAAAGUGGUGUCAGUGUGUCACAUGACCAAAGAACAUUUCAGGGGACAGACACAGUACCUGUAAGACCUGUCAGAGUGUCACGUGCUAGAGUUUAAUGUGCAUUAUAUUUGUUAACACAACAUUUCUCUACACAACAUGUAAUUACACAAAAAUUCAACUCAGCUAUUAUUUUAAUUUUCUUAGUAGUAGUA